CGAGGUUGCCGCAGUAAAAUUGGGCGCGCCUGCGCAGUCACGUUCCCUUUUUGUUGGAAGUACCCCUAGAAUCAAACCACCAUGGCCGAUCCCGAUAUUGAUUUCACAAGUGGUGAUGCUGGGGCUUCCUCCACCAUCCCCAUGCAGUGCAGUGCUCUGCGCAAGAACGGGUUUGUGGUGCUGAAAGGACGUCCCUGCAAGAUUGUGGAAAUGUCAACUUCCAAGACUGGCAAGCACGGCCAUGCCAAGGUUCACAUGAUUGGAAUCGACAUAUUUACUGGCAAGAAAUAUGAAGAUAUCUGUCCAUCUACCCACAACAUGGAUGUCCCUAACAUCAAGAGAAAUGACUUUCAGCUGAUUGGCAUUACAGAUGGCUUCCUUUCCCUGCUGAUGGACAAUGGUGAAGUCCGUGAGGAUCUCAGACUGCCAGAGGGUGACCUGGGCAAAGAAAUCGAAAGCAAAUAUGAAGCCGGUGAAGAGAUGCUGAUCUCAGUGCUUUCAGCUAUGGGAGAAGAAUCUGCUGUUGCCAUCAAGCCCAUGACCAAGUAAAUAGGAAGAGACUGGCUGCUCAGGCUGAGACCUACCACAAAUCUUAAAUUUUGGUUCUAAUUGUCACCAAAGCUAUGGCCUUCACAAACAACCUCAAUUGUUUUCAGUUUUUUUUUCCAAAACCGUGCUGGACUUUUACAACUAUCUUGUAGGCUGAUUGGCAUUGUGCCAGAUCACUGAGGUUUUGUUUUCUUUUUUUUAAAAAAAAACAAAAUUACGUUUUUUGCCUUCUAGGUGUCAGUCUUACCAUUUACAUUCCUAAAUGUUUAAAAUUAUGGGAUCCAAUUUUGUAAUCUGAUUAGGAUUUUUUUAGUGUAUUUGGUGUGCAUUCUUCCCCUCAGGUGAAGUAUGAAUUUUGAAUUAUACAAAGAUGUUUUAUGACGGAUGCCCAGAAUGACUUCCCGCCCCCCCUCUCUGGAGGCUGUACUGUUAUCAACAUACAAAGUGUUGGUACUACCUUAUGUUGGUGCGGAGAUGUUAAUGCCCUAGAGCUGAUGCAUCUUGAGAGAAUUUCUGGAUAUCGGUAGUUAGCACUUAAGAGCAGGCCUUGGGUACAACCACACUUUUAUACCCUACAAAACAAACUUCAGUGAUUUAUUUUUUUCCUUAAUGCCAGUCUGCCUUAACUUGCAGCCAAGUAAGACCUGGUGGCCAUGCGCAGUUAUUACCUCCGUAUAAAAUGCCAACUUGUUGGCAGUCAUUGGCAACUUUAAUAAAAACAGUGUCAAAGCCUGUACAUGUCUCAACUAGGUAGGCUUUUUGAAUGUUGUGCUGACGCCUUGUGGCGUGAUAGAGGGACUCUACCUGGGGGAGUGGUGUUAAGUUACGAAUCUUUUUCACUCGAGGCCUUUGUCACCAGACUGGAGUUUAAAAAAAUAAAAAUAAAAAAACAGAAGCUUUUCAGUUCUUUAUUUCUUUUAUUGUAUUUAUCCUGCAGUGAUAUUAAAAUGAGUGAAGUAUUCCCCCCCACCACCUCCAGCCUGUCUUUUUUUUUCUGCCCAGAAUUGUAUGCAAGCAUGCCGGCUGUCAUUCCAUUUUUGGUUUGCAUGCAUUAAUAGGGACCUUAAUUUGAAUGUUUAUUAGAGCCUGUUAUGACACAUAGGCUUUAUCAUUCCAGGAAAGCUCCUUAGGUUUUUUUUUAAUUAGGGGACUGUGGGAAAGCAGGUUGGAAAUUAUGAAUUGGAUCUGCAAUUGCAUUUCUCCGCUGUGUAAUUGAAGUGCAGCAGCCAAACUGCUUAGGCCCUUGUUUUAAAUGGGUAUUUCUCCAUACAUUAUAUUUAAGGGAAAAAAUGGGAGAUUAAAUCAGGAGCAGGUCCUUUUGUUUUUUGUAGAAAAGCAGUUUUUUCCACAGUCUAUAAUUUACAAUCUGUAGUGUCUAAACAUAUGGUUCUUUUUGUAUGUUUUUUUCUAUUUUGUGCCUGUAGUUCAGAUUUGUUUCAAAGGUUUCACAUUAGACAGUUUCUUGUCAUUGUUUUAGACUGAGGAGUAGACUAGCUGAAUAAGCUGGCUGUGCUGCACUGCUUUUAUCCAAGUUGACACCACUAUAUGGUGCAGCAAGUUGGCUUUUGAGGUGCAGCAACCAUGAAAUGCUUUUGUCUUCCACGAGCCAGGUUUUACUUGUAAAUCAAGUUAAAUUUGCCUUGCUGAAGCAGAUGUGAUUAUCAGAUGUUCAGCCUGCUUAUAAUAGUGCAAAUGCUUUUAAACCUCGUUACCUUUUUUGGCCUUAAAACCGUUAAGUGUUGAGGAGAGAAUAUGGUAUUGGCCUUUUAACAAAACCCCAGUGAACUUUGGCUUAUAGUAAAAUGCUUGUUUCCACUCGUUAACAUUUUUGCUAAUGUAGCAAUUUAAUGUCUUGACCAUUCUAUUGGCCAUGCAUUUUUGUUGCUGUAUUAUAUGUAUAUCACACAAUUGAGGUCUCUUAAACUGCUAAAUCAUCCAAUUUUAAGGUUUUGUUAAUACCAGGAGAUGCUGGGGGAAUGGGGUCUCAAAAAUAUAAAAUUUGAUUUUAGAGGUAAUUGGUUUGAACUAAUUGUUAAACCAGUAGGUAGUCCAAACCCCUUAAUCAUAUCACCCUAUCUUCCCACUAAUCCCUCAAUCUGUAGUUAAAAUUCAGGUUAGUUUGAAAAAACCUUGAGUACCUCCCCUAAAUGUCAAGUCAAAACACAGAAGGCUGUUAGUAUUUAGUUUCAGUGUUGUAUUAUAUUGUGAGCACUUCAUUAGUAAUUUUGGAGUUGCCCAUUGUAGAUUAGAUUUAGAUUUAUCUAACUGCUGUUGUUAAAAAGAAAUCUCAAUGGUUUCAGAGCUACAGAUCUGAAAAAUGAGUGGGUAUCUCAAACUGAAUGGUUGUGUAAUAUCUGAUUUUCCUUUCUAUUCUGUACAGAGGAAACCAGGUGAUUUACAUGCUGCAUUUUUCAAAAUUUUCUAUAAUACAGUAUUCAAAUGUGUUUUGAGUAGAACAUAAAUGUUUCUGAAUAGUUCAUGUUAUGGGAGGCUUUGUUCAUGUUAGGGUUUCUUUUGGAAAAAUCUUUGUAAUUCCUUGUGAACCACAUUAAUCUUUCUUUGGCAUUCAUGUGUGUUAACAUCUGCAACUCUUCUCAAAGGUGAUAUGACAGACUGACCUUGUUAACAUGAGUUUAAUUUUUAGAAAUUCAAGUAUCGAUUUUGUCUACCAAGCCUUUUGAAGGGCCUGUUGUAUUAACAAAGCCGGUGAAGAGAGGAAGUACUUACUGUUGUCUUUUAUGAUUUAGAAGUGGAAGUAAUUGACCCUUAGCUUUGAGACUCAUUUUAAACACUCAUUGACACAUUAGUAUUAAAUGCUAAUGUGUGGAAGAAACUUGUGGUGCUUAUGUUGAAUAUUGUUUGGAACUUUUUAGUUAAGGUAACUGGUUAUUAAAGAGCAAAGCACAAGCUUAGAGAUACUGACAUUUGAAACUUAGUCUGAGCAAGGUUUCUUAAAUGUUUUUUUUCCCCUAUAACUUAAUCUUUCAGUAUGAAUUGUAGUUUGGUAGCUGAGCAGACCUUCAGUGCACAGGUUUUUCAGACUUUGGGUAACAAGAAUGGCACCAAUUUUAUUUAGUUUUAUUUCUUGUUGAGAAAAAACCCAAAUACGUGUGCUUAGACAUGCCAUCAGUGACACUUUUAAAAUGAAAAGCCUCAGCUACUAAGACUGCUUGUUAAUUUUUCUUAGUCAUGGUGAAUGCAACUGUUUUGAAAAUACCUUUAAACAUGAACUGAUAGAAAACAAGGUUUUUCUUUUGUCAAAUCACUUGCUCAUCUUGAUUCUGUUGUGUCUUCAUGGGUUGUUGUCCCUCAGACUUGAUGAUACCACUGUAAACGAUAGUCUCAAUAUAAGCCAGAUUUGUUAAAACUUGGAAGAACUUGCCUUAUCUUCUUAAAUGUAAUUUAAUGUUGAAUAGGUUUUUUAACAUUUAUUUUAAAACUAGUUUAAACAAAGGGGUUUCAAGAAAUGAGCAGUAUCUUAUUUGGUGUUGGACACUCAUUUAUUUUAAGCAGGUGGUGCUUAUUGCAAGUACCAGACUUAACUGCUUAAAAUACAAACUGCAAAAUGUUUUGUUAAAUCAUUUUAAUGAAAAAGGCUGUUUUCAUUCUGAAUGUGCAAGUUAUCUUGGGUUUCCAGAGUGACUUUAAAUUUUGCUGUAACUAAGACAGUUGAGCUCAGUGGAAAUUAUAUAACAGUCACGCCAAAUAAGGUUCUAAGGCUUAUUUGUGUGAGUCUUUCACCACAAUUGUAUGAUUGAGCUUUCUGGGAGCUGAUGGAGUGGACUUCAUUUGGGGAUCUGUUACUUGGAGGUUUUGGUAGUUUAUUCAAAUGCUAGGGUUUUUGUUGAAAGCAAAGAAAUUGAUUGUAUGCAAUAAGUUUAGAAGUCAAAAUUGCUCUUUGGUUUAAGUUAAAAAAUGCUCCCAGAAAAUCGUAUGUAGUUCUUGCAUUGUAGCUUUCAACUAGUUCAAUUAGUUGUAGCAAUGUUUUGCAAUUGUUAAUUAUUGCAGAAAAGCAUAAAUCCCAGACAGCUCAAUAGCAAAGCAGAUUUAACCAGUAUUUCGAUCUGAAUUUUCAAAUGGAAAGAGGUACAAGCAGAUGGCAAAGUUCAUAAUGCCUAUUUGUAUGUACUGUGUUGGGGGGUGGCAGUACUGUUUAAAUUUUGGUGUGACUGCUAUCAGAUAAAUGCUCAUUAAAGUUAUAAUAAAUAUCUGGUGAAGUAUAUAUAUAUAGAAAGAGACUAAUUAGCAAUAAAGAUAACAAAACAUAGCGUAUGCUCUUCUGUUUUAUUAAUAUGUUGACACCCAUGUUGCUUGAGUGUUUUUAAUGUUGGUGUAUCCCUGAUGAAAAUUAGAUUUUAACCUCACCUAUUUUAUGCAUAUAUACACAAGGUUAUUCCAUGAAGUCUAAACAUUUUAGUAUGUAUGGCUUUCCAUGUAUUCUCAUAAUUUAAAUGCAUAAAUUGAUGUCAGUUAUUUUAAAUUGGUACUUGGUUCUCAAAUGAGACCAUUCCUGGAUGGGUCAUUAGUUUUUACAUUUUCCAUUUCUAAAAUUCUAGGAAAAUGAAUAAAACUUAGGUGACCUCUUUCCGUUGGCUAAAACAAUAGUCUGUAAAGGUUUUGAGGAAAUGUUACAAGUUUCCUGAACAUCUGAAUGCUAUAUGUAAUACAGAAGAGUCAUCCAAAAAGAAAGAUGAGCUAAAAUUGCUUUGUAGUGUACUUUAGGCAUUGCAUCUUCACUUAAUUUGGUCUAAAUUCCACAUUGCUUUUUAGUCUUUUAGAUCUUUAUAGAAAAUAUCACAACCUGAAAUGGGUCAGGUAAAAAGCCAAUUAAGGUGCCACGUCAUGAAUGCAUAAAGUUUCAGUUAUCAACAUGGAAAAAUUGGGAGUCUAGUAGCAUCUGUUGGGGGGGGAGAAAACAAAUCAUAUUACCUUGCUCGUCUUCAUGUCUUAAGUGUCCCAAAUGAAACUUUCUUGACUGUUUGAGAGCAGAUUGUUGCAUGGCUAGAAAAUUGUCCAGUUGUGCAAAUGCCAGAAUAAAUACAUAUUAAAAAGA